UGGGCCUUGCUAUCUGAAAAUGUAUUUUUUGGUCAAUGAAAAGGUGGGUUCUUUCAGGUUAUACAGCUAACGGCAAAAACGGCGACGGAUUACACUGAACUGUAAAUACACAAAAGAUAGAGGACUUGAAUUGUCUGUUUCUUCCAUCCACACCCAUAUCAAAUCCACUUCACAACUUCUUCUGCUCUUCCCUUUAUCUUUGUUCCUCCAAAACAUUAACGGAAGCAACAAACAAAGCAAAAAUGGCUUCUUUAACGAUUUUAUCUUCCAAUUUGAAGUUUGGCCCUUUACAUUUUCCUCCAACGACAACAACAACAGCCCGAGUCCCUUCUAUGUCUGCUCAACUCUCUCCAUUUAAUAAGUUGAACAACAACUCGCUCAGACUCAGUUCGGCUCGUAACAUUUCUGGGUCUCACUCGUUUUUCUCCCAAAAACCCUCUACUAUCUCUAGUCUCACUCAAAAAUUCCAAUCUCUUACAGUUUUUGCUGCUAAAGGCUACAAAAUGAAAACCCAUAAGGCUUCAGCAAAAAGAUUCAGGGUGACUGGUAGAGGGAAAAUAGUACGAAGGAGAGCUGGGAAGCAGCAUUUGCUAGCGAAGAAGAAUACAAAGAGGAAAUUAAGACUCUCCAAAAUGCAUCCAGUUGCCAGGAGCGACUAUGACAACGUGAUUGGCACCCUGCCAUAUCUAAAAGUAAAUAGAAACGCAAAGUAGAGUUCACUUUUCAUGUUUUUGGGAUGAUUUAAUCAGUUCAAAUUUUUUUUAAUGCUUUUUGUAUGCAAAAGACAAGUGCUGUAACUUUUGUAUUCUAGAAAACAGUGAAGCUUCUUUGGAAAUUCUGUAUUUGUUGUUCAUGUUAUAGAGCAUAUUCUACUUUUCUUCCUGUAAUCUUGCAAGCUCUUGUAGAUGGAAUUGCUGUUUUCAUGUCAAUUUGAAUCAGGAUUUGAUCCUUGAUGGCUA